CACAGAGACGGAGCCGAACGGCCCGUCCGCCGCGCGCCGGUGCCGGUGCCGGCGGCGGCCCGGUACCGAUGCUAGCUGACCCGUGAAAGGACGUGUGAGGUCUCGUGAGGUCGGGUUACCGUUCAGCCAUGUUGCAGGAGAGCGAGCGGGGGGCGGGAGGGUGAUGGCCGGUUCCUGACACCUGCCCCCGUUACCGGUCACAAAAACAGCCGUUAGAAUACCCGAGCCAGCGGCGCCGCGGGACGAGCUCCGCCGCCGCCCCCGGGACUGACUUUGUGACUCGGUGCGGUGGGGUCUGACGGCCGUGCAGCCAUGUUGCGGGGGGUGGGGGUGGCACGCAUAACUAGCUAACGGCGGGGCUCCGCGGGCUUCGACACCCACCGACCGACACCGGGAGAGGGGCCGGGGCUCACGUCCGCUCCCCCCGGAUGCGGCGCAGCAGAAUCCCGGGCUGUGUCGCCUAGAGACGGACACGGGAGGCUGAACGAGACGGGGUCGACCGGUGAACCGAGGAUGGAUGGGUCAAUGAGAGCCAGCAGCAGCUCAGCCUGAACACCAAAUCCUCCCUCAUUUUCUCUCCUUUAACUCACUCUCCUCUUGCUUUUUCUCUAUCAUGCUCUCUUUGCUUCCAUAUGUUAAAAAACACAGUCGUCUUAUUUUAGCAACGCUGCCUUCCUCCUCCUCUCCUUCCUCCUCUUCCUUCUCACUUGCACUCUCUCUCUCUUCUGAGUUUUGACUCUCUCUCUUUUUACGAACACACACACACUGGAAAAUGAAGCGUGGGUCGAGUGUGUUGCAGCCUCCCUCUGAUGCAGCUAAACGACACACACAGCCUUCGAACACACACGUAAGGAUACACACCAGCGAUGACGCCCGCUUGCUGAGUGCGCCUGACACACGUGCCACAGGUUCCAGUCCCUUCCCAGCAGCAACCUCUCUGUUCAGCCCUGAUGUCAGUACCAAGAUGGCGUCUGACCUUCUGAUCAGGCUGUCAGAGGCCACCCAGAAGGCUCAGGUGCAUCCUGGGAGCCGUGCAGAGCCUCAGCGGCGUGAGGCGCUUCUGGAGGUUCAGGGAGGCCAGCAGGAUGAGCCUGGCCUCGCUCUGUCACCAGACGGACCUGGGGCAAGUCCUGAACCACCGUCGCUCACGCACACGCCUGAUGGCAACGCUGCUGCAGACACACUGGCUUCAGACCUGCUCAGGAAACUGGCAGAGCGUCAGGAGGUGAACUGCUUGGGCGUGAGGGUCAAAGAGGAAGAAGAGCCCGUUGAAGUUGACACAAUAGUUAUGGCCGAUCACAUCAACGACCGAACUAUCACGAAGGACGUGAAAACAUCUUCACCAAAAAUCUCCAGCUACCAUCUUUUCUCUAUGAAAACAGAAAACCAGAGUCUUAAAGGCACCAAGAUGGCUGAGCAGUUGCACACUGGAGCCAAAAUGGCGGACCAAUGUCUUCUUGGCCUGAAAUUGGAAGACACAUUUUUUACUGGAGGCUGCCAGGCUGGCUUUAAGACAGGUGAUGGUGCCAUUUCUGGAGCCAGCAAGUUUGAGAUUAAAGUUAAAAUGGAGGAUAAUGGUGUCUCUGGGCCCAACAUGGGUGAUAACCUGCUCUCUGGAGCCAAAAUGGAGGAGCAGCUUCUCUUUAAAGCAAAAAUUGCAGAGCGGCCGUUCUCCAGAGCAAAAAUGAGCGGCAUGUCCUUCUCUGGAGUCAAGACAGAAGAGUGGCCUCUUCCUGGAGCCAAGAUAGUUGACCAAGGCUUUUCAAGGACAAAGACCGAGGAGCAGCUCAUCUUUGGAGCUAAGAUGGAAGACCAGUUGACCUCUGGUGCCAAGAUGGCCGACCAGUGCCUCAGAGCUGUGCUGUGGCAGGACAUGUCCGUGAACCUGGCGUCCACAUUGUUGCACCAGCUUUCAGAGAGAGUCAGUAAAUCCAACAAUCAGCUGGUGGAGAGGAUGAGUCCACCCAUCAGAACCAGCCCUGACCCGAAGGUGAACAUGGACCCACUUCGCUCCCCUCCACUGUUGAGCUCCCAGGAACCUCCACUUGGAAGCCAAAGCAGCCUGAGCAGAGAUCCAAGCACAGGUUGCUCUUACUUCUACAGGUGUCACGUCUGUGGCUUUGAGACGGACCUCCGUGCCCUUUUCCAGAGUCACAUGACAGAACAUCGGCAGUGGGAGCGCAGCUCGUUCUCGCUGCACUGCUGCGUGUGCGACCACUCCACCAAUCAGGAGGCAGAGAUGAGGGUUCAUGCCGACACGCACGUACAGGGCGACACGGGAGUCAGCGGAGACAUGAGAUGCCCUCCUGACAUCCCUCCUGCUGCCUCUGCCGCCUCUUGUAGCGCUCUUGCAGUUGCUAUGGCAACCCAGCCCGACAAGAGCGCCUCUGAGCAUCGCUGCCGUAUCUGCCAGAGGUCGUUUCCCGGGCAACAAGAGCUUCUGGUUCACUUCCAGGGUCAUCGCCAAGGCAACCAGUACCGCUGCGACCGGUGCGGCCACCUGACCAGGACAGCCAACAAACUGGUGGAGCACGUUCGCGUGCACACGGGGGAGCGCCCGUUCACCUGCGACCUCUGCCCCUACAGCGCCAAGCGGCGGGACAGUCUGCGCCUGCACUGCAAGGUCAAACACGCCGCGCACAUGAGCGGGAACGCGGCGGACGCGCCCAGCGACGUGCACACGCACCGCUCCUACGUGCACGGAGACAAUCAGCGUUCCAACAAACACGUGCAGCGGCUGCACACUCCGCUCAGCACGCACACCGCUGCGGCCUCCUCGCUCCCUCCGCUUCACCCCUCGCUCUCUGACCGGGCGGGAUGGAAGGAUCUGUCUCCUCUCCUGCCCAUCACCACACUCAUCUCUCUGAAACCACGCCCUUCCUCAUCUUCCUCCUCUUCCCCCUCCUCCUCCUCCACCCAGCACUUAUUUCUCAGCUACCUUGGUCUGACAACUUCAUAAGUGCUUCUUGUGUUUCUCUUCUCUUCUGAUCACUCUCCUCCUCUACUUUCUCUCCCCUCCUUUCUUCACAGUCCCCUCAUGUUGACUUUCUCCUCAUCCUCUCAUUUCCUUUCCUUCUCUCUCCUUCCCUCAUGCAUUGUCUCCUCCCCUACUCCUGUUCCUGUCUUCUCUUCUCAUUCCCUCUCUCCCCGCCCUUGUUUCCUCUCCUAUCCAUUCUCUGGACAUUUGAAGCGAUGGAUGUAAAGCUCUGUAAUGUAUCCGACGUACUGUCACUCAACACUAUGAGAAUGUCAGCUACUGUUAUGCUCAAUGCACUGAAAACACACAGAUAAGGAACGUUUUAAAUUUAUUGAACUUUUGCAUCAUGCUCGUGAUUUUUGCUGCAUUCCUGCCUGCUUCAGCUUCUCAUAUAAUCACUGAACUCUUAUCUAUUUAUCUGUGUGACAUAUUUAUUGCCUGUAUCUCUUGUCCUUCAGAAGCUCUAAACUCAAAAAAAAUCUCCAUGCACAAAAAUAGAAAAUGAAAAUUUAAUUAAGUAAUUCUGUCACUAGUAAACGGCUUAAUUUUGUCUCCUGAACAUUAUUUGACCAAGCAGAUGUAAAGACCAAGCCAACAUGUUUUGUGGAUGUUUAAUGGAAAUCCAUUACCUUUACUGAAGGUUUGACAAAGAUUAGUUUUGCAAAUGUUUGGUCAUAUACAAAUAUUUGGGUGAAAUUAAACUAAAGCUGUGACUGUAAACAAAUUUGUCCUUUAGUGUUUGAAACAAGGACAUUUGUAUGUUUUGAUAAGAUAAUUGUUAAUUGUUAAUAAGAAACUUUCUAUGACAAGAAUUAAGAUAGACCUUUAUUCGUCCCACUAUGGAGAAAUUUCCAUGUUACAUGUCCAUCACAAGGUUAUGGUUUAAAAAAUAACCUUAUAAAUAGAAACCACAUAAAAACAACUAUAUCAAACUUGUUUUAUAUUUUUCUUGAAACCUGAUGAAUCUGUAAAAUAGUUGCUGGUUACGUUAAACCAUUUUAGUUUAGUACCUAUGAUUCAAAGUGAUACUAGCUUCGCUGCUGUUUCUUUGAGAAUUUUUAAGUCUACGGUUUCUGGAGGACAGUGAUGAUAUUUCUAAUAUUUGUGUUAAUGUAUAUUGAUAAUGUAUUUGUGUUUACAUAACUACACGGGGUCCUACGAGUCCUAAAUGUCUUAAUUUGAAGUUGCACUAUACAGUACUUAGUUAAGACAAAAAAGAAUAAUUUUAGACACUUAAGCUUUUUUUAACACUAAUGACUAAAUCAAAAGCAUCAGUUUGUUUCUAAGUGUGUAGAAGGAAACUAAAAAAAACCACAGCAUCUUUGGUCUUAGGUCACCGUGGAGUCCUCUGAAGGGUUAGGGUUAGAAGGGUUCAGACUGAUCCAGCUGUCACUACAGACUAUAAGACUAAAAUAACUGAAAUUACUCUAAAAAAUGAGUAUUAUUCAUUAUUUUGAAUAGGCCAUGGAGGAGUCAUACGGAAAAAAGUAAAAAUGUACAAAGUUACUUCUUCUCUAAAAUGCAGUAAUUUGACACAAACAACUAAAUCAUGACCAUAUUUGUUUUCUCCAUAGCUCCUCCCAGCCUACACAGGAGCUGAAUGUGAAGCUGAUAAUUAGACAUAGCUUUGGUUUAUAAUGUGUGAAUGUUAGAAGUGAGUGAAAUCAACAAUAGAGAUGCAGAGAUUCUCAACUCGGAGAUUACCAGAAAAUAUAAGCAGAAACAGGAAAUAUAAAAAGACCAGAAACCUGAGCUUGGUUCCAGGUUGAGGGCUAGAUGUAGACUGACAGCGUCUGCUUCAAACAGUGUUGAAUAGAAUUAGAAAUAUGCUGAUUUUAGCUUGCUUCCCCACCAACAGCCCUCUCACCUGAAUGUCAGGAAGGUGAGAGGCUCCAACAUGUUCAGAGCUCAUUGCCGGUUGGAAGUUGGGCCUUUUGUUUCUGAUAAUGUCCGAUUGUCACUGCUGCACAUACACAGUCAGUUGUGUUGCUGUAACUGGAACCAUUCUCCCUCAAACAACACAGAUUUGGCAACCUUUGAUUUAGUAAUAAUUAAAAAAAGGAACAAUUACAUUUUCUUUCACAUUACAUUUGGUUUCCUAAAUUUAAAUUAAUUUAAAAUAUACAUUAUUCUGUAAGGAUGCUGUAAACAAACUUUAGUGAGAAUUACUGAUAUGCUAAAUAAAAAAAUAUUAGCAUUAAUAAACAAAAAACAUAGAGAACCUAUAAAACGCGAAGGGCUGUUAGACUGUUUCAGAGAUGGGAAAAGAUGUUUUAUUCAAUAUGUUCUAGUAAAUGAUGACAUCUCAGGAGCAUGAUAUAAGCAUAAUAUAUAACACUGCUUUGACCAAAACAGGUCUCUCUCAAGGCAAUUUGAACAAACGCCUGGUAGGUACUGGUACACAUUAUGAAGUCAGUAAACUGGGCAAUUGGUUCUAUUUGAUGCGUUCAUGUAGUGAUGAAUAGCAGCAAAGUUUUGAUAUUUUAUUUGUUUUUAUGACUCUUGCUUCUUGUGUAUGUUAUGUACUGUUUGCACUUAUUAAUUAAUUUAUCAGGAUUUUGCUUAAAUUAAAUGAGUAAAUUGUUUAUGUUAACUACAGACACAUUAGACCCCAUAACACCCCCAUUACCCCAUAACACAGUGAGUUUCAGCUUGUUUCUAAACCCAGAAUAUGAUUUCAAGUUAUUCUGAAAUGAUGGUAUGGAUCACUUAUGAGAUGUAAGUUCACUUUUUAAAAUAAAAUAAUUUUGCACGAGUAGUAGAAGAACAUCAGCAACAGAAGUAAUGUGUUUUGAAUGUGACCUUAUUAAGAGAUACAGAACCAAGGAGGUAGAACUGACUGAAAACUAACCCUGAAACACCUACAAACAGAGCAACUAGAAGAGAAAAGGCUUCACAGGAUGUGUCUCUAAUCAGUGGUGCUAGACUCUGCAUAGCCUGAAAACCGAUGUCUGCCUGCACGUUACAUCUUAGUUUAUUUGCAUAAAAAACAUAAACAAGCAUGAAAAACUUCCCACUCUUUUAGAUUUAUAUGUUAUUGUCUCUUUAUCUUCUUCAUUGAGUUUAUUUUAUCUACUGUAUCCUGUUACGGUUUGCUGCUGCAAUGAUCAAUAAAGUUUUUCCUUGAUCUGA